AAGGAUAUUUCUAAGUGACCCCAAACGUUUGAACCGUAGUGUAUAGACAUUUUUCAGAAUUUUCGGGAGGUGCUGCAGCACCCUCAGCACCCCCAUACAGAAGACGCCUUCCUCCAAUGACUCUUAUGUGUAAUGUAAUGGAACAAAUAGUCAUGAUCAAGUGCUAGGUUUACGGUAGGAACGUCUCAAGGAUCCCCUAUAGCCAUAGCCUCUCGCCGGCCUAAGUCAGUGUUGCAGCUGUGCGCCUGCGUACGGUAGUCCCAUGUGUUGUGAAUACAUGCAUUGUCAAAGUUGAGUGCUAGCUAGCUAUUUUACAACUGGAGCUGUGGCUUCUACAGACAUACUUGCGUACCAGUUGAAAUAUGGAGAGACUCGUGCAGGCUAGCCUACCUCCUGAUCAGGGACACAUUCUGGGUAUAGUGUCUCAGAGUGAUAAGCAGGCGGAGAUGUUCACAAAUGGCUUUCUGAAGAACAGUUUACCGGGUAUGAGCAAGAAGGAAAUCGGCGACUUCAUGCUUCACAAGGCUGUGGUUCUAAAGUAUGCGAAAAAGGAGAAGAAAAAGAAAAACAAAAAGAGAGCCAAGGGUCUCAAUGCUAAACAAAGGAGAGAGAUGAAGGUCUUUCAGCUGAAACCAGAGCAUCAAAAAUAUGAGCUUUUCUUGCCCUUGCAUGAGCUAUGGGAACAGUACAUCAGAGAUCUGUGCAACGGAUUGAAACCAGAGAGCAACCCACAGACAAUUCAGCAGAGGCUAUUGAAGGCUGAUUUUCAUGGUGCCAUUCUUACAGUGGCCAGGUCCAAAUGCCCCUCGUAUGUAGGCACCACAGGAAUCCUAGUGCAGGAGAUGAAACAUGUCUUCAAAAUCAUCACAAAGGAGGACAAACUGAAAGUCAUACCGAAGCGAAACAGUGUGUUUGCUGUGGAGAUCGAUGGCUUUGUCUCCCAUAUCUACGGUAGCAAGUUUGAACUCCGCUCAAGCGAGCGAUCCGCAAAGAAAUUUAAAGUCAAAGGAACCAUAGACCUGUGAUCCUGUUGGAGUGUAGUAAUGAGACUGAGCUCAGAGGCUCAAAGGACAGAGAAGUAAACAACUCCUGUCAGGAUCUAUAAUAAGGACUAUCACCAUCUUCAAUUCUUAUUUUCAAGUCAUAUGGGAACCUCGGCUUCUGUUUUGGAUGCAAGUCCUGUUCUAUAGCAUUUUAUACUGUGGCAAAGACGGAAGACCUGACAAACUCAAAGCAAUCAGAACAUAGUUGUGAUUAGAGAGCAUUUGUGUUGGUAUUUUCUUUUUUUGUAAACGUGUCAAUUGAUUGGUCAAUGAUUUAAUUGUAAAUACAUUGAUCUGUUUUGAGCAACACUACCUAUGUCCACAAGGUGGCACUAAAUCAAUCUGCUUCAAUGUAUGUACAAUAAACAUAUCUAUCUCUAUAAAUUGUUGUCAAAUGACAGAUUACAUUUCCUUGAUCAGCUAGUUUGAAGUAACACAAUGAGUUACAAUACAAUGAUACUACUAUGUGGAAACUGAAAAUGUGCCUGUCUUUGGUAUGCAAGAUGCUUAAUUUCCUGAUAAUUUGGGAAUUUCCUAGUUGCUCAACUUUAUGAGGUACCUGUUGUAUAUUGUUGGUUUGGAUGUUGGUUUGUCAAUUGAAGUGGCGUAGAUACUAAACAUUGCUGACCUGAAAUUUUCAUUUGGUAGUUGAGUUGCAUUGACAAGUAGGUAUCUCUGUUGGCGUUUGGAUUGCUCAUAUUUGUUUCUUAACCAUGAGUGUGAUUUUGUCAACUUGUUAUGCUAUUACAAUAAUGACAACUGAGUAAUUGAAUUUAUAUAUAUUUUUUAAAUCAAUUUAAUAGACAGCAUUUGCUGUCUGUUUUGUAAAAUAUUGUAACAUUUUAUUUCCCUCAUUUCCCAGUAAAAAGCCUAUCCCUGUUCUAAGUAGUGUGCUGAUGCAUGAGAUAUUUCGUUUUUUGGGCAGGUGGUGUGUAUGAGACCGACUGGAAGGGAACCACUUAAUGUCAUCACUUCCUUCUUCACUGGGACUUCAAAUAUGCUUUCUACUUUCUUUUCACAGGGUGUAAGGGGUGGUGAAUCAGUCUGUGCAAUGCAACACAUGUGUCUAUGACCUCAUUUGAUGCUGCAAAAAGCAUACAUUUUUAUUCAACCUUGUAUGUGUAAUAUUCAAGUCCACUGUUUCUAGCAUGCAUGUGCUAUGUUUAUUUGUUCAGCCCUGGUGACUUGGCAUUCCAUGCUAAAGAAUAGCCAUACUGGGGCAUAUUGUGUUCCCUCAUUAAAAAAAACACAGGAUGCACAUUAACCAGA